AUGGCUCGCCUCAACACUAGGAACCAGACUAAACAGGAGGAAUGCCACAGGACGAGACCGCAGCGCCUGACUGAACGAUAUGUUUCGCCUCCGCCACCAACAACCAAGGAGCGCUGCAGGGAGCCACAAUUGGCACGCACAAUGAUGAUGCCCGGGAGGACGCUGUUUGACGAGGAGCCAACAGAAAGACCACGAUUGGUGCGGAGCAAGACAACAAGGACCAGGACAAAGACGCUCUCUGAGCAGACCUUUGAUAUAUUUGCUGAUAGUGAUGGGACAACCGAGCGAGACACGCCCAAGGCGAAGAAAUCAACGCCCUUAAAGCUAGCACGCACCAACUCCAUGAUUUUGCCCGUUCCACAGCAGCCCAGGGCUCGGACAAGUCGCAAAUCAGAACUAUACAACUAUGACAAGGAGAACGAUCCGCUAGAAGAAGAGUUGGAUCCAGAGCCAACAUCGCUCUCUAGAAAUCCGUCUGAUGCGUCUUCGACAAGACGGUCACCAACGAGGGGUAGAACCACGCAGCAGUUUACGGGUUACCGACAGCCUCAACAGGACUCGGCAGAUGAGGAUGAGGUUGAGAAUGAGAGUGAUAACAGCUACAACUCGCUCGAUGAGUUUAUUGUCAGUGACAAUGACGAGCCGAGCUACCAUGAAACAUCAAACGAUGAAUCUGAGGAAGAAGAGGAACACAAGGUCUCGCCACCACCAACACAAAGGAGGAGGUUGAUAAGGGGUAGACGACAAAAUCCUACACUCGAUCUGGAGAAUACUUUGCGUGAGUCCUCAAAACGACCUGACCUUCGUCUUGAGCCAUCAGUGCCAGCCACUAUCACGAUACCGUCUCCGAAGCUGGAUAGUGUCUCCAGAAAACUAUUCCAGAACGACACCGACGUGUCCGACAAGAUGCACCGUUUGAAUUUGGAGGACAGUGAUCCCUCCUCACAGCUUCAGAAUGACCUGUUCGGAGUGACAGCUGAGCUGGAAUCACCAUCUUCAACACCCCGUAAGGAUUCUGCAUUCCAGACACCGCCGCCCAGCCCAUCGAAGGGCGUUCUACGGUCUCCGACCAAGAGCAAGAUCCAAAUACCACCAACUCCCUAUCGUGAAAGCACCGACGCCUUUUGGAGCUCCGAGGUCACCAACAGCUGGAUCGAUGAGCACUCUCCGCGCAAGGUGAACCUACUAUUGCAGGAGUUUGACGAGUCUGACUGUGACUCCGAAGCCAUGCCCAAACCAUCAGAGGUUAAGAAGCCAGUCAAGACCCCUAGCAAGACGGCCUUGAAGAAAGCAGAAACCGAAGCAAAGAAAGCCGCACUCGCGCGCAAAAAGUCUUUCGACAACAGGAAAGCUACCCUCGCAGAAGACUUUUUGAGAGUGCUCGACGACCAUGUCUCUGACGGCAAAGUCCAACGCCUCUCAGCAGCAACCGGCGGUGUUCGUAUCGUCUGGAGCAAGACGCUCCAGACAACGGCCGGGCGUGCAAGCUGGAAACGAGAUCGGUCCAUAGUCUCUAGUCGGUCCACGUCCCCAGCCGAUUCCUCAUCAGGCAGUGAGGCGCCAUCAGUGACCACGAAGCACUAUGCUACCAUUGAGCUGGCGGAAAAGAUCAUCGACGACGAGGACAGACUGCUUAAUACCCUGGCUCACGAGUACUGCCACCUCGCCAACUACAUCGUGUCAGACGUCCGCGACCAACCCCACGGCACCAGCUUCAAGGCAUGGGGAAGGAAAUGCAAGGAAAGGCUAAAAGACCACCCUGUCUACGGUGGACGGAUCGAGGUGACCACGAAGCACAGUUACAAGAUCGACUACAAGUACGUAUGGACCUGCGUCGACUGUUGCCAGAACUACGGCCGCCACUCAAAGAGCAUCGACCCUGGAAAACACAGAUGCGGCAAAUGCAAGGGUCUGCUGCAGCAGAUCAAGCCUAAGCCCAGGAGCGCCUCGCCUAGGAAGAAGCAGCCUUCUCCUGUUGCUGCGGUGGGUGACAUGACCAAGGGCUUGGAGAUUAUCGAUUUGGACCAGUGA